ACGUAAUCCUUCGCCGCCUUUGAACAAAGUAAUCCCUUCAUUUUUCGCAAGGUAUCGCAAAAAUAUCUCAUUUUUCUCCCCGCCGGAGCGGUUUUUACAGUCUCUUCAACAAGCGAGGUUGCCCGUGGGAACUUGGUUUAGCGGCCAAAUAAAAGGGGGGGGAAGAACAUGAAAAUGAAUCGCUGCGGAGGAAUUUUUGUCGAGCGGUGAGACGCCGGAGUCAGAAGCGUGAAGGCGAUUGAGAGGGGCUCGGGGGAUUGUCCUUUGUGCGAGGGACUUUCUUUAGGCCCCAGGCCCCUGCCUGCCCCUGUCGUCAGCAGGAGGAUGGACACCUUGAUGACUAGUUCCACUCUGCCUCCCCUUUUUGCAGAUGAGGAUGGCGCCAAGGAGAGUAAUGAACUGGCUCCAGGCGGGUUAACCCAUCCAGAGGUACCUUACAGUAGUGGAGCUACAUCAUCUACCAAUAAUCCAGAAUUUGUAGAGGAUCUCUCCCAGGGACAGCUGCUUCAGAAUGAGUCUUCAAAUCUGGCAGAAAGCAGUGAACCAAGGCAUGAAGAUGAGCAAAGAAGUAAACGUGGAGGUUGGUCCAAAGGUCGAAAGAGAAAGAAACCUCUUCGAGACAGCAAUGCACCCAAGUCCCCUCUGACAGGUUAUGUUCGGUUCAUGAAUGAGCGUCGGGAACAGCUUCGAGCAAAAAGACCAGAAGUCCCGUUUCCAGAAAUCACACGGAUGUUAGGCAAUGAAUGGAGUAAACUUCCUCCUGAGGAAAAGCAGCGCUACCUUGAUGAAGCAGACAGAGAUAAGGAGCGUUACAUGAAGGAGCUGGAGCAGUAUCAAAAGACUGAGGCAUACAAGGUCUUCAGCAGGAAAACCCAGGACCGUCAGAAAGGCAAAUCUCAUAGGCAAGAUGCAGCCAGGCAGACCACUCAUGAUCAUGAGAAAGAAACAGAAGUAAAGGAACGAUCUGUUUUUGACAUUCCGAUAUUUACAGAGGAAUUCCUGAACCACAGCAAAGCUCGGGAGGCCGAGCUGCGCCAGCUCCGCAAGUCCAACAUGGAAUUCGAGGAGAGGAACGCGGCGCUGCAGAAGCACGUGGAGAGCAUGCGCACGGCCGUGGAGAAGCUGGAGGUGGACGUGAUCCAGGAGCGCAGCCGCAACACCGUCCUGCAGCAGCACCUGGAGACGCUGCGGCAGGUGCUGACCAGCAGCUUCGCCGGCAUGCCCCUGCCGGGAAGUGGAGAGACCCCGACAGUGGACACCAUCGACUCGUAUAUGAACAGGCUGCACAGUAUUAUUUUAGCUAAUCCCCAAGACAAUGAAAACUUCAUAGCUACGGUUCGAGAAGUUGUGAAUAGACUUGAUCGUUAAGGAACGGUCUUAGGGUUCCAAGAGGGUCUGUUGGUGGUUUUGCUUGUGAGGAUUGAGAAGCCAUCCUUGGACAUUUGGACUGAACCCAGGCAGAGUAGCAGUGCAGACGCACCUGCUUGCAGGAGUCACCAGCCCAGGAGCGGAAAGCCUUCAUCACAGGAAGCCACCCGACGAGCCGUGAAGGGAACACGUUUCACGUCUUCCUCCAGGACUGUCCUUGUGGAGCUCCGAAGGGCACUGCCCCCCUGCCAGCUCUCCGCAUUCCGUGGGAGUGCCCUGCCCCCCCCAGACUAAUCCCCGCAGCCCAGGGGAGGCCUUUUCCCCACCGU